CGCAUGUUUUAGUAUGGCAUGAGUUUAUUUGAAUUCGCCAUGAAUGAUGAUAUAAUUGUAUCUCAUGACGACUUUUUUUCAUCUAGUAUACUGCUAAGAAUUGUUUUCAGUGUUUUGGCUGUAAGUUCCAGCUCCGAGACACGAGGAUUUCUGGAGGUUUUUAAAAUUUUUUCACAUUCUUGUAGAGCUGCGAUUCGUAGGCAGGUUUCAGUCACAUCCAUUUCAUUGUCAACUCCUAACCGUUGCAGUAAGCCAAUCAUAAAGUCUUUACUAAAGCCAAGAUAUCUUUUUUCAACCUUAUAAAAUGCUUCCUUUAAUCGCCGAGUCAGUGCAUAAUUUUCUUUUUCCAUUUUGGAGAAUGUUGGUUCAAAAAUAACUUGUUUUGCUCGAGAGGAGUUUCCCACUCUGCCAGCAGGAGCCAUUGCUGCUGGCCAUCUACUUCCAGCCAUGUUUUUUGAAUCAAACCGCC